GCUGCUGAUGUGGCCGGAGGAGGAGUCGCUACUGAGAGGCCAGAUUCUGCUCGGAAUGUUUAGUCGUCUUUCUGGCCUUGCUAACACCGUCCUACAUGAACUGUCUGGUGAUGGAGAAGGAUCUGAAAAUGUGCAGGACCCAGUGGCAGAAUCUGGUACACUGGAGAAAAUGUCAGAGGACCAGAUGGAAACAUUGGCUCACUAUGAGCAACUGGUGAUUCAGUUGAAGGAGCUGAUCCAGCAAAAGGAUGCAGAGAUCCAGCACAAGGACACUGAGCUUCAGCAGAAGGAAACCCAGCUUAAGUUGGAAAAAGAAGCUUCCGAUGCAAAAAUUGGCAAACUGAAACUUCAAGCAAAAGCCAAACUGGCAACACUAAACAAACAGAUAGAGGGACUAAAGAAAGCAGCAACUAAUCAGGUACCUCCAGAUGGAAAUCAAGCUGCCUCUAGUACAGGACAGAAAGAAACACUGCAAAGUGUGCAGAACAAUGAGGAAAGUACUUCGAAACUACAAGAAAAUAUUAAUGAGCUAACACGACAGCUUCAUGACAGCCAAAAGAAUAUUAGUGAGCUGACAAAACAGCAUUCUGAGAGUCAAGAGACUAUAACCACUCUCACCCAUCAGCUUCAGGACAGUCAAGAAAAUGUUACGGACCUCAAAAGAGCACUUCAAGAAAGUGGGGAUGCUGCUAGAGAGCUGCACAAGCAACAGGAAACGGAGAUUCGCAAUUUCCAGAGAAAACUUGAAGAACAAAGUAAGGCCCUUGGCUCCCGAACUCAGGUGGUGCAGAUGUUAGAGCAGGAGUUGCAAAAUGCUGAACUUCAGAAACAGGUUCUAUCUGAGCAAUAUCGGGAGAUGGAGCGAGAAUUGCUAUCUCAAAAAGAGAGUGCACAACAAACCAUGAUGUACAAAGAAAUGCUUCAGGACAAGGAUAAUGCAUACCAAAUGUUACAGGAAGAGCUGGAUAAAGAAAGGAGUAUCAACAGCCAAUUACAGUCUCUCAGAGCAGAAGUAAAAAGAGGAAUGCAGGCACAAGAAGAACAAGAGCAGAUCAAAAAAGAGUUGGAAAUGGAAAAAGAAGCUAGGAAACGAAUGGAAGAAGCAAGGCAAGAGUUGGAUAUAAAAGUACAGGAUGAUAUUCAACAGUUCAGAGCUCAGCUGGAGAGAGGUGUUCAGGAGGAACUAGAAACCUUGAGGGCAGAACUAGAUAAAGAGAAAAGAGCUCAGCAGGAGCUGGAGCAGCUGAGGUCAGAAUUGGAAAAAGAGAAAGGGGCUCAAGAGGAGGAGUUGUCAAAGUUAAGAUCGGAGCUGGGAAGGAGUAAAGAAGUCGAUGAGGAGGUUCAACAAUUAAGAGCAGAACUGGAUGACAGGAAAGAAUCUCAAGAAGAAUUAAGCAUGGAGUUGGAAAGGUUAAAAAGUAUUAAUGACCUGCUAAUGGAGAAGGAAAAAGGUGGUCAGCAAGAUGCAGACUUAUCCACCAAUGAAACAGAUGAUCUUAGUGUUCAGUUAGAAAAUGUAAGAAGUGAACUGAAAAAUGGCAAAGAAAGUCAGGAAGAGCUGUCGAGACUGAAGGAAGAGCUUGAGAGAGUGAAGGAAUCACUGGCUGAUUUUGAUCAAGUAAAGGAUGAACUAGAGAAGGGGCAAGAAACAUUACUCAAGUUAGAUUUAAUGAAGCAGGAAUUCCAAAAGUUAAGAGAAGCUGAAAUUUUGGUGGGCACAAUGCAGCAAGAAAUAGACAAACAAAAGCUUGAAACGGUGAAGGAACCUCCACAACAGGUUAGUGGAACAGACACCGAUAUUCACAGAAAUGAAUUUACCCAACAGAAGGCAAUUAUUGAUGAAGACAGAGCAGUAAAUGUGAAAGAAACAGAUGGACAGAAUGAUGGAGAUGUAGCAGUAUAUGUAAAAGAAACGUUUGAAACACAUAGACAAAACUAUGCUGAAAGAGAUGAAGCAGUAAAUCUAAAAGAGGCAUUUAAAACAGAUGGACAGAAUGAUACUGAUGGAGAUGAAGCCUUGAAAGUAAAAGAAGGGUCUGAAACAGAUGGACAGAAUGAUGCUGAUGGAGCCGUAAGUGUAAAAGAAGGGUCUGAAACGGGUGGACAAAAGGAUACUGAUGCAGAAGAAGCCGUAAAUGUAAAAGAAGGGUCUGAAACAGGUGGACAAAAGGAUACUGAUGCAAAUGAAGCCGUAACUCUAAAAGAAGGGUCUGAAACAGGUGGACAAAAUUAUACUGAUGAGGAUGAAGCCCAAAAUGUAAAAAAAGUGUCCGAAACAGAUGAACAGAAUGAUGUACAUACUGCUGAAGAAUUACCUCAACUGUCAGAUGCAAGUUUCAAAACACAGUUCAAGGAAGAAUGUUUGGAUACUCACAUGCUGUUACCUCUGGAAGAUCAUGUGGAAUUAGUACAUUUCCAAUCGGAGCAGAUGCUGCACUCGUCCAUCGUGGAAGUUCAGUCACAUUCUGUAUCCCAGGAGCUAGUUGUUGAUGUUGCAGUGGAAGACCUAAAGGAAAAGCAGCUGUCCAUACUAAUGUUGGACUUAGUGGACACUCAAGAAGAAAUAAAUAGGUUAAAAGGACAACUGAACGUGGAACAAGAGUCUUUUUCUAGUCGUACUACCUUAGUAACGCAAUUAACAGAGAAUUUAGAGGAAGUCAGAAAUUUGGAGGAAUGCAGCGAUUCUGACAUCCAGUCACUAAAAGAGCAGGUGAAAGAGCUAAAAUUCCACUUGGAGGUUGUGACUUCGGAGAAGAAUGCUUUAACUUUAAAGCUUCAAGAUCUGGUACAAGAGCAGAGGCACGUGGAAAGGUUAGAAUCCUCGGAGUUACAAAAUAAGCAUUUGCCUGACUACGAAAGUCAAAAUAUACUGGCAGAACAAGUAAACAGUUUAGAAAAUGAGUCAAAGUCCAAAGAUAUAAAGAUUACUGCAGUACAGAAAGACCUUGAUGAUAUGAAUCUGCUGCUUUCAGAGCAGAAUACUAUUUCCAAGUUGCAGGAAAACCAGUUGGAAGAGAACAAGAAAAACGCUGAGAGGCUAAAGGAACUGCUAAAUCUUAGCCAAAGUAAAGAAGAAAGAUUGUCUGAGGCACUUGCAGCUAAUGAACGUGACAUAGUUGCUCUUCAAGACCAACUUUCUCAAAAGACUGCCGAGAUGGAAAUCCUACAACAUUCAUUCGCAGAAAAGGAACAGCAGGUUUCAGAAGUGAGCCAUAGCUUUUCUGAUAAGGUGGUUCUUCUAAACGAAGAAAAGUUUUCCUUGGUUAAGGAGAUAAAAGCCCUUAAAGAACAGUUAAAGACCGUUGUCCAACAAAGUGGAAAAGAGGAAGAAUCCCUGGAGAACCUAAGAAUAGACAAUGCAGAGCUAAAUCUUCAAAAAGAAAUGAUUACUCAGGAGAAGUCUGAUCUUCAGGAGAUAUUGAAAUCCACUCAGACAGAACUUGGUGAGGUAAAAACUCAGCUGGAAGAUGUAUCCUCUAGGUACAUGCACAGCCAAGAAAUCUUCAAGACCGUUCAAGAGGAGAGUGAAAUGUUGCACGUGCAAAUGGAAGACCAGAGGAGUGGAUUCUUGUUUAAACAGAAGGAACUUGAGGAAUUGCAGAUCCAAGUUGAAAACCAUAAACAUACCUAUGAAAAGGAACUGCAGCUCUUGACUGAAAAACACCAGAGUAGCUUGAAUGACAUUAGUUGCUUACAAGAAGAAAAACGUGAUUUAGAACAUCAGCUGAAAUAUUAUAUAAACAGACUUCCUGAAGAUGAUGGUGAAGCGGGAUUAAAAGAAAAAGAGGAAUUGCAAAUUCAAGUAGAAAAUCGGAAGAAGGAGGUUGAGCAGCUCAAAAGAAAGUUGCAGGCAGCGCUAGUAAGCAGAAAGGAAUUGACUAAGAAAGUAUCAAAAUUGGAAGAAGCUUUGGUGAAACAUUCAACUGAUAAAGGUUUGGAUCCUGAAGUGAUAUUAGCUAUACAAAACAGUAACCUAAAAUCUGAACAGGAAGUGGUAUCCAAAGACAUAACUGGUGAGUUUCUUAAAAGACAACAAGUUAGUCUUGGAUCUGAACUAGAACACGUAAGGAGAGAGCUAAAUGAAAAAAGUGCAGCUAAUGAACAGCUUCAGAUUUUGACUGAUGAAUUAAAAGAUAAAUCCAGACAUGUUGAAUCUUUAGCCAUUGAACCAAUAGAAGGAAUUGCAUCUGAAAAGUCAGAUAGUCCAUCCAGUCCAUUAAAUACAGAAGAGAAUGCCAAUAUGGUAUUGCAGUUGGAAAAUAGAAUAAUGCAACUUGAGCAAGACAAGGAGAACCUGCACAAAAAAGUCCAAGAGGCUCUGAACUCUCGCAGGGACACUAUUAAAAAGGCACAAGAGAAAGAUCGCCACCAUCGUGAACAGCUAAAGCAACAAAAAGAAGAGUUUAAUCUCUUGCAAGAAAAGCUUGAAAAGUUACAGAAGGACCAAAAAUCAGUUCCAGAUACUGACAGAAUACUUGAGGAACGAGCAAUGCAAACAGAAAUUCCUUAUUCAGUAGAAAAGCAGAGCAAUGACUCUUCUCAUAGAGCAGAGUGCUUAAUACCUGUGAAUGCCUCACAGGAUAGUUCUGACAAAUCUAACUGGAGAGAGGAAUGGGUAGACUUUUUACCAGAAAAGAUUGAAGACACCUUGGUUCACAAAUCUCCUUCUACAGAUAUGUCACUGGACAGUUGCAAAAUACAGCUGGAUCUCCUUCAGUCUCAGAAAAAUGAAUUGCAGUUAAAAGCCUUGCAGUUGGAAGAAAACCUUGAUGAACGCUUGGUGGAGGUUUCACAUCUACGUGAUACUAUAGAGUAUUUGACUACACAGCUACAACAAGAAAAAGACAAGUGCCAGGGUCUAGAAACACAAGCUUCUGUUUUGAAAGCAGAGAUAGAAAAAAACAAACAAGAAAUGUCUCAUCUUCAAGAAUUCACAAUAAAGAGCAUGAAAGAUGAAAUGAUUUAUAAAGGAGAAGAAGUUAGACAACUUCACCAAGAGCUAGAAGAAAGAAAUAUAGAUGUUAAGAAUGCCAAUGAGCUUAUUUCAGAAAAAGAUUGCAUAAUUUUGUCUCUAAAAUCUCAGAUGGAGUUUCAAACCAAAGAUUAUGAGGAACGCUGCAAAAAACUUGAAGUAAAGGUUCAAGAAGUACAACAGAAACAAGAUAAUGAUGAUGUCGAGGGAGAAAAAGGCAAACAGCAACUUCAGCGAAAGCUUCAGGCUGCAUUGAUCUCCAGAAAAGAUGCACUUAAAGAAAGUAAGGCUUUGAAGUUGGAGCUGGAGACUAUGAGAGCUCAAAAGCAAGAUUCAGCUAAUAGACUACAAGUUGCAGAAGGUUUAACAAGUGAACUGAACCUUGAAAAAGAAACUUUACUGAAUGCCUUAUCUGCCCAGAAAGAAGAACGAGAUAAACUAAUAAUGGAAAUAGAUAAAUGUUUAUUGGAAAACCAAAACCUUGAAGCGUCAUGUGAAAGCCUAAAGUUAGCUUUGGUAGGAAUUACACAAGACAAAGAAGACUUGAAUAAAGACUUGGGAUCUUUAAAAAUGUCACAUGACUCAAAGAAAUCUGAAUGGCAAGACAAGAUGUCUGACCUUCAAAAAGAGUAUGAGACGUUGCUGCAGUCAUAUGAGAAUGUCAGUGAUGAAACUGACAGAAUGAAACGUGCAGUGGAAAUGGUGAAACAAGAGAAGCAAGAAUUGUUUACUAAAAUGAAAAGUAUUGAGGGUAAAAAAAAAGAAGUAGAGAACGAGCUGGAAGAGUCGCAAAUGGAGAUAGAAAAUAUGAAGGAAAAAAUGAGGAAGUUUGCUAAAUCAAAGCAGCAAAAAAUCCUUGAACUUGAAGAAGAAAAUGAUAGAUUGAGAGGAGAAUUGCAUCAGUCAACAGAGGUGCAGAAAUCUGGUCAUUUACAGGAAGAUGAUGCAAUGGUUAAAGGAGAACUAACGAGAGUCCAAACAGAAAACAAUGUCCUAAUAUUAGAACUGGAACAGGUCAAGUCUGAAAAGGAAAAUUUGACAAGAGAAUCUGACGCAUUAAAGCUCCAACUGCACAGCGUUGAAUUAGACUUGCAAAAAGUUCUAGAAGAACGUAGCACUGAGAUACUAGAAAAGGAAGUUCUCCACAAAUCUGAAGCUAUUGAACUAACACAUUCAGUACCUGAACACAGUGAUAAGCUAGUUGUUGGUGAAAGAGUGGCUACUUUAGAACUGCUUACAGAGAAUGAUGAAAAACAAAAAACUGAGAAGAUUUCACAGCUUGAAGAAGUUAUUGAAAAGUUAGAAAAUGAUAUGAAGGCAAAAGAAAAUGAAACUGAGAAAAUGAACAAAAUUAUAAAUGCUUUUCAGGAAGAGAAACUAGGAUUGGACGCUCUGUUAAGCAGUUCACAAGAUGUCAUAACUAAUAUAGAAAAAGACCUUGCAGACCUGAAAAAUAAAUAUCAAACAGCUGUUCAUGACCUAGAUGAAGCAAAUAAUCAGAAGCAAGCCUUGGAAAUUGAUAAAGAUGAAUUGGAAGAGAGGUUGAUGAACCAAAUGGCUGAGCUCAAUGGAAGCAUUGGAAACUUCCAGCAAGAUGCUUUGGACCUACAGUUUAAAAAUGAAAGUUUGCAGCAAAAGUUGGAAGACCUUCAACUCCAACUAGAAGAGGAAAGAAGACAGAUGGAGAGACAGAAAGCUGAAGCCUUGUCUGGGGUUCACAAAGAAUAUGUGGAAAAGUUAAAAUCGGUACAUGAAGGUGAAAAAGGCAGGAAGACCCAGUCAAAGGAGCUACAGGAAUUGCUCAAGGAAAAGCAGCAAGAAGUAAGACACCUACAAAAAGACUGCAUACAAUAUCAAGAAACAAUAAGCCAGUUAGAAAGAACAUUUAAGGCCCUGGAAUUUGUACAUGGCGAGUGUGAGAAAGAAAAAGUUGCCUCCAGUGAUAGAGUAGCAAAAGCUGUGGCAGACACAAAGAAGGCCCAGGCUGAUCUAACAUCUCUUCAUGUCUUACUUGAUGACACUCAGAGUGAAGCUGCUAGAGUUUUGGCUGAAAAUGUAAAAAUCAAGAAGGAAAUACAAAUAGUUAGAGAGGACGUCACACUUAUUUUAACAAGGAAGGAAGAAGAUACGAAAAAUAAACUUGAAGAGGAGAGAGCGAAAAAUCUAAAAGAAAUAGUGAACUUGCAGGCUAAGAUAAGUUUGCUUCAGCACGACAAAGUACAGCUUGAAGGAUCCCUUAAAAAUCUACAGGACCAUUUGGAAGAGAAGAGCCAACAAAUGAGGGAUAUACAAGGAAAUCUGAAUCAAAACAUAGCAAAGCUUGCAGCUUUCACUCGUAGCAUGUGUUCUUUGCAAGAUGACAGAGAUCGUGUUAUAGAAGAGUCCAAAAAGUGGAAUGGGAAAUUCAAUGAUGAAUUACAGAAAAAGGAUGAUGAGAUACGUGUUAAAGAGAAAAUAUGCAUGGAUCUUAAAAAUGAACUUCUGCAAGUCACUUCUCAAGUUGAUGAACUUAAGGCUCAUGUAAGCAGGGUACAGUUGGAGAAUGAAGAACUUGUUACAGCUGGGCAGAUUGAGACAGAGAGCCUUGCUAAAGCAAGAGAUUCUCUACUGGAGGAAAAGGCAAUUCUUUCUUCCUGUCUGCAAGAAGAACAGAAGAUGCACUGUGCCUGCCAGGAGGAGCUGAACCUGCGCAGCCAGGAAGCAAAGGAUAGGCUGAGCCAACUAGAGAGUCUGAACAUAGAAGUGACACAGCUUAAGAAUGAAAAGGAGAAUCUACUGGAUACAAUACAAACGUUAGAGGCAGAAGUUCAGGACUUGAAGUUGCACAAUGAACAGACCCAAAGUGACUUGCAGGCCUCCAAAUCUUUAACGGAACAGCUGCAUAAAGAGCUGGAACAGAAAGAGCAAGAUGUUAUGCGGUUGCUAAGUGCCCAUGAUGAAGCUGUUAGUGCAGCUGUGGGGGAACUAAAUGAAAUGCAUGCAAUUCAGUGCAGAGCUCUAGAAGAGAGGCUAGAAGAAGCUGAAAAUGAUAGAAAACGCAUGCAAAGCAACUUAGAAGAACUAAAAACCCGACUAAAAGCCAACCAGGAAGAGGCUAACCAAAGUAAGGCACAGUUGCAGGCUUUUACCAAAUCUAUGUGCUCUUUGCAGGAAGAGCGAGAACGUGUAUUGAAUGACUAUCAGCAAUUGGAGCAACGGCAUCUUGAUGCAAUUCUUGCAAAAGAUGGUCUAAUUCAGGAGGCAGCAGCAGAAAGCAACAAGCUCCGUGAGGAAUUAAGAUUCCUCCGAAGCCGCUCUGAUGACUUAAAUGCACAGAAUGCAAAGUUAAAUGCUCAGCUGACUCGCUACCGGAAAGACUUAAAUGAGGUGAUCUCGCUCAAGGAUUCACAACUCAAGCAGUUGCUGGGGGAAAAAUUACUGGAGAUUGAAAAGUUGCGCAUUGAACAGAAUACCCAGGAGCUGCUACUAAAUCAUGAAAAGGGACAGAUAGAUGCUCUACAGCAGGAGUUAGAUGAAACCAAGAAAGAAAAACAGAGAAGUCUAGAACAGGUUGAUAGUCUGACGCAUUGUAUCUCAGAGCUACAAACUGAGAAUGAGACACUAAGAAAUAAGCUUAAACAGGUGGAACAAGAAGCACAAAUGCUGAAAGAUGAGCUUCUACAAGGACAGAAGGAAUUGGAAAGCAUAAAAGAAGAAGCACUGCGCAUACAAGCAGAUGCUGAAAAGCGGAUGCAGCAUGCAGAAGAUGAGUUGAAUAAGAAGCUCCAGAGCAUACAGCAUGAUACUGGCAUAUUGCGUAAUGAGACAGAGACAGCAGAAGAAAGAGUAGCAGAACUAGCAAGAGAUCUCUUGGAGGCAGAGCAGAGGCUGCUAAAUGCGAAUGAAGAAAACUCCUCUCUUAAAGCUCAGAUACAAGCAUUUGGAGGAUCCAUGAGAUCUUUGCAGGACAGUCAUGAUAUUGCUCAGGAAGAAAUUAAAAACUUGCAGAACCAACUGAAAGAAGUACUUGCCUUUAAUGAAGAUCUUGGCUUGGUACAAACAGAAAGAGAUAACCUUAAUGUCAUGUUAUCCGAAAGCAAAGAGGAACAACAACGCAUACAAAUUCAGCUGAAAGAGCUUGUGUCCAACUCACAGGUGCGAGAGGAGGAACUUCGUAGGGUGACCGCUGACUUUCAGGCUUCACAGAUGCAGCUUCGCAAUUUGUCCAAAGCCAUGGGAAGCCUGCAAGAGGAUCGUGAUAGAUUGCAAAGCAGCUUGAAGACCCCACCUAGGGAGAUAGAGAGGACUUUGCAGAGUUCAUACCAAAGAGACAGCAAGAACUCCAGUGAUCAUCCCAAUAGUUCACUACUGGAAAACCUUCAGAGCACACAGGCAGAAAUGCAGAAUCUACGCACUGAACUCGGUGAUACUAUUGCUCAAGUACACCAAAAAGAGCUGAGGAUAGAACAGCUCAAUGUUAAGCUUUCUCAGAUAUUUGAGGAGAAAAAUUAUUUAUCUCUCCAGCUGCACGAAAGCAACCAAAUCCUGGGAGAUGCAAUGAACCGGUGUUCGUCUCUUGAGCAACAGCUAAAUGAAAUGCUUCCCAAAAGUUCGGUAAGAAUAGAGGCUUUACUGAGUGAUUCUGCACCUGGAGCCCCACAGGAAAGGAAGGAGCCCCAAAAUGAAGCAGAUCAACAACUCAUGGAACUUCAGCACAGAUAUAUGGAGCUGAAGCAACAGAGUACUGAACAUGAACAUGUCAGGUCAGUCUUGGAGCAACAGCUGAGGGAGGAACGCCGAAGAGCAGAGGACAGAAUACAGGAACUUGAAGAAAACAUGAACAGAUUGGGUACGCAAGAUUGGUCAGUCCAAGAGGAAAGUGUUGCUCCACAUGAGUUGUCAUUGCUGAUGGAGCCACACGAUGCACCAAAUGUUAAGGCAAGAAGCUCAUCGCUGAAAAGACUACUACGACUUGUGUUCUGCUCUCGCACCAAAACACCCCUGCUGGCUUCGUUGUAUCUAUUACUUAUUCAUGCACUACUAUUGUUGUGUUUAACUGGGCAUCUCUGAGAGCAUACGCUUUUACCACAAAGGGAUGGCAUGGGAGUUGAGGAGCACCAACCAGGCCUCAUGCUCCUAUAAUCAGGAAUUGGAGCUGAAGCCAUGACUAGCGCCAAGAGAUUACUAUUAUCAUAGUUGUGUCUUCACGGAAAGUGUGGUAUGGCAUCAUAUCUCAGGCUCAGGGCUACACCACUAUAAAUUCUGAAGAAUGAUGUCGGCAGCAUCACUGGAUGCAACAUACAGUUUUCUAUGACACAGCUAUCUAAAAAGUUAGCAUGCUUUUAAAAUGUUUUCAACUCCUUUAACUGUUGACAAGCAUAGACGUCUAGCCCAGUUCACCUUUGUUGCCUUUUCCACAACUCGUAAACUCUCUUUAUUCCCUGUAUGAUCUCAGAAAUGAUGUUUAAUCUGCAGGAUGUUGUGUCCUCUCUUUGAU